AUCCGCCCUUAAAGGCACAAGAAGAAGAAUAAGCCUCUCGAAGUGAAAGUGAAUAAUGUGGAGAAAAAUAGUUUAUAUUUAAAACCCUUGAACAAGGAACAAGCUUCUGGUUCGGAUUAGUCUUGUAUGACGUGUUAAACGUGGAUGAAGUUAUGGAUUCUCAAACGAGCAGUUUAAAUGCUGAGGUUAAUCAAGAAGAUGUAAAGAAUGAUGCUCCAAAAACUAACCUCACAGAUGAAAGAGAUGAACUCUGUUUUGAACCACAAACGUCUGACGCUACAGGAUACAGUGCACAAACAGAGAACACACAUGAUGAUGUGUCUUCCCAGAAUUUGAUGGACUGUACGUCUGCAGGUGACACGGAUGAAGCUGUGCUCACAUGCAGCAAAAGUAACACAGCUCCAACACAGUGUUCUAAUGGGCAGAAAUCUAAGAGGCCCAGUUCACCAGGUCCUCACCCCUCUAAGACAACCUGUGUUGCUGCACACACUACCAAUACAAAACUCCAUCCCUGUCUUAGUUUUAGUUCCAAAAACCCAGUGUGUACCCCCAUUGAUGUGGAGAUGCUCAGUCCUGAUAGUCCAGUCUGUAAAACCAUGUUCAACAACUCUGCAGACCAGGAUUGUGAUGGAGGUUUUUGUGCAGAGCACUCUGCCUUUGCAAAGGCUCAGGUAAUGGAAUCUCAGCAGACUAUCAAAGACUCUGAUCCAGGAAGUUCAACCAAAGAAAGAGAACAUCUUCCUGCAAUCGGAUCCGAGGAUGCUGAAAUAGCAGACCACAGUGGGUCAUCUAAUAUGAGCCAGGACUUAAUUGAAAGCCAGCCAGAUGCAAUUUUGCAAAGUGUUUCAUGCCCAUCACAUAACAUUGAGACAAAAUGGCAGGGGACGCCCAUAGAUGAGCUGAACAGACUACCCCAGUGUGCCCCUCCUCUGUCCCACCUGAAAUCAGCACCUCAUCACACUGUCACAGUCAGGACAGAUCUCCUCAGGGAGGGAGAAGUCCCUGUCCCAUACCCUACCAAGUUCAAGGAUGCAUGGGAUGAUUUGUCAGUGAAGAUGCCCUGCUCUGAGAAGAAUCUGUUUCCUAUGGAGACCGAGGAUGGAAAUGGCGUCCAAAGUCGAUGGGACCUGAUCCGCACUGCUUUGCAGAGGGGGUUCAAAAGUUGUCUGGAUGUGAGGGAUGCAAUCCUUAGGUAUAACACAGCCCAUGCAAAGAAAUGGGACUUCACUGCCCUGAACCUUCUUUGUACAGAGUGUCUUGAGCAUUGUGAGGUACAGCAACUGUUUGAUACCGUACUACCUGCUAUGGUUGAUCUUGCACUUAGAGCUCCUCGGCUGUGCACAAUGCCAAUUCCUUUACUUAAGUCAAGGAUGAAUCAGUCUCUGACCCUUUCUCAGGAGCAAAUAGCCUGUCUUUUGGCCAACGCCUUCUUCUGCACAUUCCCUCGACGCAACUCCCGCAAGUCCGAGUAUGGCAAUUAUCCUGAGAUCAACUUCUACAGGUUGUUUGAAGGUCCUUCACCAAGAAAAAUUGAGAAAUUGAAAACUCUGCUGUGUUACUUCAGGAGAGUUACACAGACUACGCCCAAGGGUCUUGUUACAUUUACAAGACAAACACUAAACAAUCCACCAGACUGGGAAAGCUCUCAGACUCAGCUGACACGUCUGCAUAUCACUUGUGAAGGGACAAUUGAGGAACAUGGAUAUGGAAUGCUCCAGGUGGACUUUGCCAACAGGUUUGUAGGUGGUGGAGUCACAGGACAUGGACUGGUCCAAGAAGAAAUCAGGUUCCUUAUCAACCCUGAACUCAUUAUCUCUCGCCUCUUUACUGAAGCUCUUGAAUACAAUGAAUGCCUCAUCAUCACAGGAGCUGAACAAUACAGUAAAUACUCUGGCUAUGCUGAGAGUUACAAAUGGGUGGGUAUCCACAAAGACGAGACACCCAGGGAUGACUGGCAGAGAAGAUGUACAGAGAUUGUGGCCAUUGAUGCUCUUAAAUACAGGCACUUCCUGGAACAGUUUCUCCCCGAGAAGAUGACCAGAGAACUCAACAAGGCAUACUGCGGAUUCCAUCGAAAUAAUGCCAACAGGAAGCACCUCUCUGCGGUGGCCACAGGCAACUGGGGCUGCGGAGCUUUUGGCGGAGACACACGGCUCAAAGCGCUGAUUCAAUUCAUGGCAGCAGCAGAGGCUGGGAGAGAUGUGGCGUAUUUCACAUUUGGAGAUGCUCAGCUGAUGAAAGAUGUUCAUGAAAUGCACACUUUCCUCACCGAGAGUCGGGUCACCGUUGGGCAGCUGUACGACCUUUUAAACCAGUACUUCAACGAGGUGUGCAAGAAUUGCCGCACGACACGACCUGACGUCAGCCUCUACAGAUUCAUCUAUGAGACAGUCUCUUCCCCAGCAGCCUCCGACACCUUGAACACUGCUAAGGAUUCUGGGAUGUCUCCUGUGACUUCAGACUCUCAUUAACAGGAAAACAACUGUAACCUAAUCUUACCUCCCUUCUCCUUUCACACUUUGAAAAAGAGGCAGUGUGCCCUUAGUAUUGUGGUUACGGUCACUUGUUUUCCCCUCGCUCUCUCUCUUUCUCUCUCUCACACACAGACACACACACACACACACACACACACACCCUUUAAGUUUGUGAUCCCAACAUGCAAGCUAUCAAAACACAUUUCUGCCUUUCUCACUGGUGGUAUUAUAGGAAUCUCAUAGUACGGCACCAAAUGUGGUGACUUUUUUCAGAGACUUAUAGCAAUAGUAAAUCCUGGUUGCUGUUCUUUCUUUAGUCCAGAUGUAAUGUGGAGGGUUUGUUUUUUUGUUUUUAUUACACACUAAAUACAAAUAUGCCCAAAUAUUCAUCAUAUGCAUGAUUGUGAACAAAUUUCACCAUUGAUAAUCCAGGACAUGAUAAUCCUCCCUGGUUAUCGUGUCUUGUAUUGUGUUUGCUACACUUUCUGGAUGAGUUUUGUUCUCUACUUACUGUACCCGGGCUAUGGUGAGGUGCCUGAAUGAGAUGCCAUUCUGUAGUCUAUGCAUGGGUAACAUUUAUUUAUCAAGUAUUCUACAAAUAUAUGCUGCUCUUUUAUAUCCUGUCUGAUACCGAAGUGUAACAUACAUAUUGUCCUUAAGGCAUAUUUUACUAUGGAUCACAACAAUCAAAAUAAUCACUAGUAAUGUAAAUCAUCUCAAAUUAAACAUACAGGAAAUUUAAGCUCACAGUCUAGACGUUUCAUUUUACUCUGAACAACUUCAUUUGCUACAUACAGGGGGAUUAAAUAAAGUUAAAAUGGCACGAACAAUAUUUUUGUUAAUGUUUUUACACAACAUUUAUUUUGGGGAUCACGUUUUCUAUUAUUUACUGUGUUUUCUGAUUGGCAGUGUGGAUUCUAUUUAAUGGGUUUGGUUACAUUAAAGCCUGUGAGUAUUGCAUAGAACUGUAAUUUAGGCUUUUAGGUUGUACGUUUUAUUAAAAUUUCUUAAUAAAAGUAUGACAUGUA